GUAAAGGGGGUUUGUCUGUGGACCCUCCCUUCCGAGGUUUACUUUAAACAAACAGUGUGGAUCCCCACCCAUAAUCUUGCUGCAGACACACCUCCAUAGGUGAGUAUAAAGAGGCUGAACUGAACUGAGGCAGACAUCAAGUUUUGAAGAGUCCGUUCUGAACCCUCCACAUCCACCAUGAACUUGGCUUCUUCCGCCUGCCUGCUUUUACUGUUCCUGCUCGGCAUCGCUCAGGCGCUGCCAGUCCAAAAUGAAGAGGGCCAUGAAGAAGGCAAUAAAGAAGGUCAUGGAGAAGAAGGCGUAGAAGAAGGUGAUGAAGAUGACUUUGUAGACUUCACUACCAGGAUCCUCACCAGCAACAAUAACACUGACCAGCUCUUGCUAGAAGGAGACCUGGUGGCUCCUACAAACAGGAAUGCCAUGAAGUGCUGGUACAACAGCUGUUUCUGGAAGAAAGCCUCCAACGGUUUUGUGGUGAUCCCUUACGUCAUUAGCUCUCAGUACUCUAGAGGAGAAGUGGCCACCAUCGAGGGCGCCAUGAGGGCUUUUAACGGCAGAACAUGCAUCCGCUUUGUCCGUCGCACCAACGAGUACGACUUCAUUAGCGUUGUGAGCAAAAAUGGAUGCUACUCUGAGCUGGGCAGGAAGGGAGGACAACAGGAGCUGUCUCUCAACAGGGGAGGCUGCAUGUACAGUGGCAUCAUCCAACACGAACUCAACCACGCUCUGGGCUUCCAGCAUGAGCAGACCAGGAGCGACCGAGACAGUUACGUCCGGAUCAACUGGCAGAACAUCAUCCCAGCGAGUGCCUACAAUUUUAACAAGCAUGAUACCAACAACCUGAACACCCCCUACGACUACUCCUCCAUCAUGCACUAUGGAAGAGAUGCCUUCUCCAUUGCCUAUGGGCGGGAUACCAUCACCCCCAUCCCCAAUCCCAAUGUCCCCAUCGGCCAGAGGAAUGGCAUGUCCCGCUGGGACAUCACCAGAAUCAACGUCCUUUACAACUGCCGCUAAAAAUGUUACUGUCUGAUCUAUAAUGUCUGAAUUACAAGAAAUAAAGUAGAUGCAAAGCAACUUUUGUUGUCUAUUUGCUUUUCUCGUUUGGCUUUAUAAAAGUAAGCAGCACAGUGGUGUAGUGGUGAGCAAUUUGGCUUCCAAGCCCUAGUUUGAAUCCUAGCUGGGCCCUUUCUGUAUAGAGUCUACGUAUUCUCCCAGUUCUUAUUUAGGUUUUCUUGGGAAAUUUUGGCUUCCUCCUACAGUCCAAAACCAUCAUUUGUAGGAAAACCAGUAGUUUUAAAUGAGUCCUUAUAAUAUGGUUAUCUGUUUCCAAGUGGCAGUGGACUGUGGAAUUCCUGCUCGGAACACUGUGGAUGCUUUCCCCUUUCAAGUGGGGCACAAUAACUUGACAGACAAUUCACAAACAACAAAGCUUCACCAUAAACAUUCACAAGUAAACAAAAGUCUAAAGUCUCCAACAAAGUCCGCUGGCACACUAUCAGAUGCUUCAGCCAUGACUUUAAACAAAGAGGAAAAGAGCUCACGGUUUAGACACAGUGAGCAGACUGAUCACCAGUUAGGUGUGACAAAAGCCACUGUCUU